AUGCGCGUCAUUACUUCCUUUACCAUCUCUCUUUUGUUCUCCGCCGUCUCCUACGCUCUACAUGAAUCCGAAGCCGGCAUAGUAGACUGGUACAAUGCCAACAUCGGCGUACCGCUAUCCGAUUCUUCCUCGACCUCCCCAUCAUUUCAUACGAAACAAAACCAACCGCCACACAAAGCGCUCCUUCUCACUGCAACAAGCAGUAAUGUUUUAGCUGCUCUACAUGCUGGCAAUGGUUCUGUAGCGUGGAGAUAUAUAUACGAAGACAACGAUAGUAUAGUGUAUUAUCAGAGGGACAAAGAUGUUGUCGCGUCUCUAUCGGGACCGGGUGGUGCAACGUUACGGAUAUUCGAUUUUGAGACUGGUGAUCUUAUUGCAGAGAAGUUUCUACACAACCCCAAUACUGCUCGCCUGUUCGAACCAAACGACGUCGGAACGUCGAUGACCUUUCUAUCACAAGAGGGACAGUUCUCAGACAUGCUUGUACUAACGAGUGGUCAUGUCCUUCGACGCGUAGACUCUUCAGGAAAAGUUCAGUGGACCUGGACGUCGCCCGAUGAAACUUCCCUAGUAAUCUACUCAAAAGUACUCGUGUCGCCGUCAGCGGUUUAUCUUGUUGGAUUAGCCAAAUCGUUUGCAUCUUACACGCUCCAUAUCUCUGCUAUUUCACCCUCAACAGGUGACCUCAUCACGAGCGCCUCUAUACCGUCUACCGUCACGGAUGGUCCAUCUAGUAUCGUUUGCCUGAAUACUAACGACUACAGCAUGCCUCCCAGAGUGGUCUGGCUGGAGGCUGGAACCAUUCGUGCUGUCGCACUGACCUCGGAGCUGAAGGGGACCCCAGUAUCCGUCAAAGGCGCUACGUACGAACGCAUUGUUGACGUAGGCCUUGCUGAGAAAGGUCAUUUUGUUGCUUUGAAAAGCGACGGUUCGGGACGCGUCUUGAAGCUGGACUCAGAAAAGGCGGGGCUCAAAGUCAUCUGGGAGUUUUCCGACUCGGCUAGAUCGGAUCGUUAUACGGAGUCUCUGUAUACAGGCGGUUUAGAUAAAGAUGGAAGGCCUUUCGUUGGCCGCGUAUUUUGGUCACAUGCGCUCGGGAGGGCUUCCGCGCAUGUAUACGCGCCGCAUCUGGCAGAGGGGAAGGGUCUUGUAUCCGGCUUCACUUUCAAUUUUGAUACUAAUACACAUGGAAUCAUUAGCCAUGUAUCCUUGACGACGACUACUGGUGCCAUACAACUUUGGCAGGGCGACAAGAUUCAGUGGACGCGCGAAGAAUCACUCUCUCGGAUACAAUUGGCAGAGAUGGUUGAGUUGCCCGAACCCAACACAAUUGCGACCCACGUACGCGAUGAACAUGAAACCUUUGUUGGGCGUUUGAUCCGUCAAUUUUCUGAUGCCCGAGACUUUCCCGCAUACCUCACCCAUUUCGUCAGGCGCUUUGCAACUGGCUCCUACGCUUCUGCAACCUCGCGCGUUGAGCCCGCUAAUACAAACGCGUCGAAGCCGCUAUCUCGCGACGACUUCGGUUUCCGCAAGAUCAUUGUCGCAGCUACAGAUGCGGGCAAGAUAUUCGGGCUGGACUCAACCAAUGGUAAGAUCUUGUGGAGUCGUGUGUUGGGACUAGGAUGGGCUGCGCAGGUUGGGGGACGGAUCAACCCGGUGAAGCUAUUCGUUACGAGAACCGUGAAUGAAGAAAGCGAGCCGCAGGUCGUUCUUGUCACGCAACGAAGAGCAGAUAAUAGCCUCGUUGACACUGUACUUUUUCAUAUCAAUGCUCUCACUGGUGAAGAUGCGACCGGCGUGUCACCGUCCGGGGAGGUCCUACAGGGCGUUGAUAUCAUCUCUGGCCCGUUGAUUGAGGCGUAUAUGUUGGAAGGCGAGUCCAGAAUUGUCAUCCUUUUGGAUGAAUUCCGUCAGGUCUACCUCUACCCCAAUACACCCGCCAACCGGGAGUCAUUUGAUGCUACGGCGCCUAGCCUCCGCUUUCCCCUCCGCACAGGCGAGCCUGGCUAUCGCCAAUUAACAGGUCACCAAGUUGCCCUUGAUGCUGGUAUCAACAAUAUGGCCCAGAUCUACGCCACAUGGGCCACGUCUCUGCCUCCAUCCCACGAAAUCAUUUCCGUCGUCACCCGACCCAAGGGUCUCGUUGCUUCUCUGGGCAAAGUGCUGGGCGAUCGCACAACGCUCUACAAGUACCUCAAUCCCCACAUGUUUGCCGUGCUUACCUCUUCCCCGAAUUCGUGCGGGGUGCGGGUUUUGGACGGCGCGAAGGGGAGCACGUUGUAUAGUGCCAUAGUCGGAAAAGCGCCGGGUGGGUGUGAUGUCAAGGCCAUGUUCGUUGAGAAUUGGUUGGUCUAUGUCUAUUGGGAUGGAGAAUUUGAGGGCGUGGGCAUGACCAAGGGGUACCGGGCCGUGUCGGUGGAAUUGUACGAAGGGCGGGGCGUGGAUGACAAGACGAGCAGCUCCGACAUGUCGUCAUUCUCCAACGAAAGCUUGAUUGUCAAUGCUAUUGAGCAAGCCUUCGUGUUCCCUCAUAGGAUCACCGCAAUCGCAUCGACGUCCACAAAAUUCGGGGUAACAACCAAGGACUUGAUCGUGGCGAAUGAGAAACAGCAGAUUCAGUCGUUCCCUCGGCGAAUUUUGGAUCCUCGCAGGCCGAAGCACAAGCCAACGGCAGAAGAACAGGAAGAGCAGCUCUUCCAGUACGACCCCGUCAUCCCUGACGAUCCGCGACGCGUUCUCUCGCACAACUACGAGGUAGCAAAUAUACGUCAUAUUCUGACGUCACCCUCACAACUCGAGAGCACAUCGCUCGUGUUUGCGUACGGACUCGACCUGUUUUUCACGCGCGUUGCGCCGUCGGGCACGUUCGAUGUGCUGAGCGACAGCUUCAACAAGGUGCAGCUCGUGUUGACGGUGUGUGGCCUGGCGAUCGCGAUCAUGAUCACGAAACCCAUGGUACAGAAGAAGCGAUUGAGGGAGAGAUGGUAUCAAUAGAGCAUGCAGAACAUGAGCGUGUACGUGCAAAUGGAGUAAUGCAUAGACGCGAUUAUGAGGGAUGCGGAGUAUGUGAUUCU